AUGCAGUCAUCGACGACGCUUCCAACUGCCGUCGCCAACUCAUACGACGCGCUCGCUGACGCGCCGGAACAGCUGCCGCGCGAUCCUUCGCCGAAGAAAGACUUCCAUCUCCCGCCGGUGGUCCUCCAGUUUCGGCCGCCCUGUGGGGAACUGCAGAAGUUGUUGCGCAGCUGGACAACGGCCGUGUACACCGUGAAGCCUGCAGGGCGUGUCCUUUAUCGUGGGUGUGAGGUGUGGAAGCGUGCCAUCGCUCGCCAACGUGGCCAAACACCCGCUCCCCGUCCGAAGACACCAGCAACGAGACGGCCCGGCGUCUCUUUCGCGGCGGCAGCAUCAGGGGCGCCCUCCGCCGUCCCGACAGCGUCUGCCGCUCCUGAUCCCACCGCAUCCGAGGCCGUGCUAACACCUGAGGCUCCUGCGCCUCCACCCCAGCUGCUAGUGACGGAGCCGGGAGCUGCCUCUCCCGGAACGUCGGCCGGACCGCGCCCCGCCAACCGCCGGCGCGGGGGUCGACGCCCCCUGGGUACCCAGCGCUCGGCACCGUCAGUCGAGCAGCCCCAGGUGGACUCUCACAGAGAAGCAGCCACGCCUCCCCCUUCCAGCGACGGGGCCGCGCCUGCUGCCUCCACCGCUGACCUGGCCAACCUCGUCGCGCAGCUCACUGCCCUGAUGACCGGUGCCACGAAGUUGAUCAAAGUCCUGUCGCAACAACUCACCGCUGCAGUGCCGAUGGCCUCUCCGGCCCCGACCGCUGUCAACCCUCACCAGCUGCACCAUGGGCAGCGUUAG